UUUGCCAUGAAGCAGCUAUGCCUGUGCGCUGCUGCCUCCUUUGCGCUCCGGCUCAGCCCCACCGACCUCAGCUCCUGCCCACCCUGUGGCCGGUGCCCUAUCCCGAAACCCGCAGCCAGAGGCAGGCGCCAGGGCCAAGACUGGGGCAAAAGUGACCAGCGACUGCUCCAGGCAGUGGAGAACAACGAUGUGGCCAGAGUGGCCUCGUUGAUCGCCCACAAGGGGCUGGUGCCUACAAAAUUGGACCCCGAGGGCAAGUCUGCGUUCCACUUAGCAGCCAUGAGGGGUGCGGCGGGGUGUCUGGAAGUGAUGCUGGCUCAAGGUGCCGAUGUCAUGAGCACGGAUGGAGCAGGUUACAAUGCCCUUCACCUGGCAGCCAAGUACGGGCACCCAGAGUGUCUGAAGCAACUCUUGGAGGCUUCCUGCGUGGUGGACAUCGAGGACAGCAGUGGGUGGACAGCCCUUCACCAUGCAGCCGCUGGUGGUUGUCUGUCCUGCUCAAAGCUGCUCUGUUCCUUUAAGGCACACAUGAACCCCCGGGAUCGGUCGGGUGCCACACCCCUCAUCAUAGCGGCUCAGAUGUGUCACACAGAUCUGUGCCGCCUCCUCCUACAGCAGGGGGCUGCCACAAACGACCAGGACCUGCAAGGCAGGACAGCCUUGAUGCUGGCAUGUGAGGGGGGCAGCCCCGAGACCGUUGAAGUACUCCUGCAGGGUGGAGCCCAGUUGAACAUCACUGAUGCACUUGGCCAGGAUGCCACUCACUAUGGAGCCCUGACUGGAGACAAACUCAUCUUGCAGCUUCUACACGAGUCUGCACGGCGCUCUUCACCUCCCAGUGCCUCUCUAGAGGAGGACUCCGGAGAGGCCUCAUCCCAGAACUCAGUGUCGAGCCAUGAGAAACAAGGAGCCCCCAAGAAGAGGAAGGCACCCCAGCCUCCAGCCAGCACACCAGUUCCUGACGAUCGGGAUGCUUAUGAGGAGAUUGUGCGCCUGAGACAAGAGAGAGGCCGGCUUCUGCAGAAGAUCAGGGGCCUGGAACAGCACAAGGAACGGAGGAGGAAGGAGGCGGAGGCCAGCUCAGUGCACAGCCUGGAGAGACAGGUGCAGGAGCUGCAACAGAUGCUGGCGGAGAAGCAGGUGGAGAAGGAAAGCCUGGGCCGGGAGGUGGAGAGCCUGCAGAGCCGUCUGUCCCUGCUGGAGAAUGAGAGAGAAAACACAAGCUAUGAUGUAGCUACCCUGCAGGAUGAGGAGGGUGAGAUGCCUGACUUCCCAGGAGCUGAUGCACUGAUGCCAAAGAACCAGAGUCCAUCAGCAGAGGAAAUAGUUGCUUCCCUACAGGAGCAGGUGGCUCAGCUCACUAGGCAGAACCAGGAGCUGCUGGAAAAGGUCCAGAUCCUUGAGGAGUUUGAAAAGGAUGAGGCGCAGAUGGCAGAAGAAAGUCAGCCUGAGGUCGUCCCCCUGGUCUUGUAUGAAUCCUUACGGGCAGAGCUUGAGCAGCUUCGGAGGCAAUACACAGAGGCCAUGCAUGCGCAGCAGCAGCAGCAAGAGGGGGAGCCACCCAGGGUUCAAGGAGAAGAGACAGCAUACCAGGAAAUCAAGGAUAAGGGAAUCACUAUCCAGAAUGGACCCAGCGUCCCAGACCUCAAUGGCACCACAUAUGCAGAAACCACAGCAAAUGGAAUGGAACUCCAAGCAGGAGGCUCCAAGGGCGUCCUGAACACUGAAGCAGGGGUUUCAGAAGCAGCACCCAUAGAACCCGAGGCUGCAGGUUCAGAGGCCACGGGGAAAGACAGAGUGGCAGCCGAGGAAAUGGACACUAGUGCUACUAUGGCUGAGGCCCUAAAUGUUAAAGCUCUAGGCGACAAUGCCGAAAGUGAGCCAGUGGCUGCCGAAGAUACAGCAGGAAAAGAGAAUCCAGGAAUGAAAGCUGAUGAGGUGGAUGUGUUGGCACAGGCAGGGCUCGCAGGAACAGUGAUUAGAAACAUGGAGGCCAUCGGAGUGCGGGAUACAGGAAUUCAGGCCACAGGAUUAGAGGCUAAAGCAGUGAAGACCACUGGAGUGCAGGCCACAGUGGCGGAGGUCAUAGGAGUGCAGACCACAGCGAUAGAAGCCAUAGGAAUCAAGGACACCACCCAGGAGGCCACGGAGGCAGACUGCACCGGAGCGCAGGACACAGCUAUGGAGCCCACGGGGGCACAGGCCACUGUGACAGAGACUACGGAAGCCGAGACCAGCGGCACGGAGGACCCUUGCGCUGCGAUCCUGCACCCGGGAGCGGCGGCGGCGGCGCUGCAGGCCGAGCUGGAGACCCGGAUCCGCGGUCUGGAGGAGGCGCUACGCAGGAGGGAGCGGGAGGCUGCGGCCGAGCUAGAGGCUGCUCGGGGCCGUUUUGCAGAGGCGGAGGCAGAAGCGGAGGAGGCUGCGCGGGGGCGGAGCCGCGAGCUAGAGGCGCUUCGGGAAUUGCUGGCCACGGCCACGGCCACCGGCGAGCGCGCACGCACAGAGGCUGCGGAGUUGCGCCAAGCGCUAGCCGCCUCCGAGGCUCGGGUCGCCGAACUCAGCUCUACGGUGGACGCCGCUCGCGAGGAGCUGGAACGCAUGCGCGGGGCCUCGGUCCCUGCGGACGAGCACGAGCACGCGCUGGGCGCCCUGCGCGACCACGUGACCCGGCUGCAGGCUCAGCUGGCGGACUUGGCGCGCAGGCACGAGAAGACUAGCGCAGAGGUCUUCCAGGUGCAGCGUGAGGCAUUGUUUAUGAAGAGCGAGAGGCACGCAGCCGAGGCCCAGCUGGCCACGGCCGAGCAGCAGCUCCGGGGGCUUCGUACAGAGGCCGAGAGGGCGCGCCAGGCCCAGAGCCGUGCCCAGGAGGCCCUGGACAAAGCCAAGGAGAAGGACAAGAAGAUCACAGACCUGUCCAAAGAAGUCUUUACACUGAAGGAGGCUCUGAAGUUGCAGCAGUCCACCCCAGCCAGCUCCAAGGAGGAGGAGGCUCUACGCGGCCAGGUGACAGCCCUGCAGCAGCAGAUACAGGAGGAGGCCCGGGAGCAUGGCGCUGUGGUGGCUUUAUACCGCACCCAUCUCCUGUAUGCCAUUCAGGGACAGAUGGAUGAGGAUGUACAGUGCAUUCUGAGCCAGAUCCUGCAGAUGCAGCGGCUUCAGGCUCAGGGUCGCUGAGGACACAGCUCAACUGUUCAGUCUCCAUCCUUCACCUCUACAGGCAGAAGCCACAGACACCAUCUUCCCCAGCUCCCAGGGAAUGAACAAGAUUCAACACUCAGUGGGAGACCAGCCUGGGGCCUUAUGGAUGGUG